AUGGUCACCAUGUUGCAAAAGGCUCUGUUAUUUCCUCUCAUUUUUGGCUUGAGCUCAUUUGCUUUUAUCCAAAGCCAAGAGUACCAAACUUCUUCUUUGACCCCCACCUCCUCCACCCUCAAGUACCACGGAGGUCCCCUCCUCACCAGACCAAGAGGUGUCAAUGUUUACCUCAUAUGGUACGGGGCCUUUUCUCGACCAAACAGGGCCUCCAUAACCGAUUUCUUCGCCUCCUUCAAUCCUUUGAAGAGUCAUCUUCCCCACCAAGAGCCUUCUGUUGCUGCAUGGUGGAGAGCCAUCCGUUCAUACCAGGACAGCUCUGGCAAACCAGUCUCCACAACUGCUAGACUUAUCAAACAAGUAGGGGACAUAUACUCGCUAGGAAAGAAAAUCAAGCGUGCCCAAAUAGCAGCCCUCAUCAAGAACAAGAUAUCGAACAAGAUAUUCCCAUUAGAUUCGAAUGGAAUAUACUUGGUUUUGACUGCUAAAGAUGUAAGCGUGGAACGAUUCUGUAUGGGAUCAUGCGGCUUUCAUGAUAGCAUCCAGGUAUCUGAGAAAACGAGAGUUGUCUAUGGACAUGUGGGAGACUCAUUAGCGCAGUGCCCGGGCCUGUGCGCAUGGCCUUAUGCUAUUCCGGAGAAUGGUCCGCCGGGAAAGGCUCGUUUGGCUCCUAACGGUGUGGAAAGUGAUGGUAUGGUUAUUAACAUCGGGGCUGUAUUGGUGGGGGCUGUGACUAAUCCUUACAAGACAGGGUACUUUCAAGGCGAUGCCUUGGCGCCGCUUGAAGCUGUCACGGCGUGUUCAGGGAUUUUUGGGGUCGGAGCUUAUCCGGGGUAUCCAGGUGAUUUAUUAGUGGAUAAGUCCAGCAACGCAAGCUAUAACUUGUAUGGUGUAAAUGGCAGGAAAUUCCUUCUUCCUGCUGUAUGGGAUCUCCACAGCUUCAACUGCAAGGUUAUUGCUUGAUAUUCAGGAUUUGUGUAGACGAAUAGACAGAACUUGGCUAAAAUGGGCGUCGCAUGCUCCUUGCA